UGUGCAAAUCUAAUAUUAAUAAAAAUAACCCGGCUUUCUCGGGAGACCUUGCUAAUGCAGCCUCAUUUUUUUUUUUUUUUGUGCACAUUUUGCCAGAGAGCUUUUAUUCUUAUGCAUCUUUAUCGCCCCCCCUUCUCUUUUUAAUUUGUUGCAGGUGUUGUUGCUAAUGAGCUCUCUUCCUCCCCUCUUACAAUGAAAGACAAGCCAGCCCCCGGGUACCUGGAUGGAUUGAGAGCCGAAGUGUCAGAAACUUCAUAAUAAGUUGCCGAUGGCUACCAGCCAAGGUCAGCUGGCCCCCAUUAGUGCCUGUCCCCACAAAGCAGAGCCAAAUAAGCUUCUCCCCAGUUAAGAACCUCAGUCGCUUUUUUACGUGGCAGUCCAGCCACACAAUUGUUGUCACUUUAAGCCCAUGUGAAAAGAAAUCUCUUUUAUUGGUCUGAGAUGCCAGUCCAGUCCCACAGAGGGAACACAGUUCCAGCUAAUACGUACACCUCCUGAUUUUAUUUUAUCUUUACAACGCAGGCUGGAGGGUUGUUUUGCAGUUCUGUUGAGCACAUCACACAUUUAAGGGCCCUUUAAAGACCGGGAUUGAUUGGAAGGACAAAAAUUAAAAGCAAUCUGAUCCGGCCUCAUGCCAGAUCCCCGAGGAUUUGCUCCCUAUCCCAUUUCCAUCCACUGUCACAAUUCGAGAGCCUGCCUGAUUUGAUCAGAUUCACCUCUGGGAGAGGUCUAAUGCCAAGGUUAGGAGGACGCGAAGUUACGGGCAACUUUUUGAUCUGCCCAUCAGCAGUCUGAGAAUCGCUGGCUCUGAGUUUUCUGAAUCGGCCUUUGGGAAGAAACAAGUUCCUCGCUCUUCACAAGCCGGCACUGCUCCCGUCCCUGGGACAUCCAGCCACCGGUGCCUGGUAGAUGUGGCACUUCCAUGCUGAGGCCGAGAGUCCCGCCUGACCCAGUCGCUGCCUCUCCAGGGCCUGUCUGGGCCACGCCCCUGCGGACUGCGCAGCCAUGCUGCCCCUGCUCGCACUUUUCCUGCACUGCCUCCCACUGGCCUCGGGGGACUAUGACAUCUGCAAAUCCUGGGUGACCACGGACGAGGGCCCCACCUGGGAGUUCUAUGCCUGCCAGCCCAAGGUGAUGCGGCUGAAGGACUACGUCAAAGUGAAGGUGGAGCCCUCUGGCAUCACGUGCGGAGACCCCCCUGAGAGGUUCUGCUCCCACGAGAACCCUUACCUGUGCAGCAACGAGUGUGACGCCUCCAACCCGGACCUCGCCCACCCGCCCCGGCUCAUGUUCGACAGGGAGGAUGAGGGCCUGGCCACGUACUGGCAGAGCGUCACGUGGAGCCGCUACCCCAGCCCGCUGGAAGCCAACAUCACCCUGUCGUGGAACAAGAGCGUGGAGCUGACGGACGACGUGGUGGUGACCUUCGAGUACGGCCGGCCCACGGUCAUGGUCCUGGAGAAGUCCCUGGACAACGGGCGCACGUGGCAGCCCUACCAGUUCUACGCCGAGGACUGCAUGGAGGCCUUCGGCAUGGUGGCGCGCCGCGCCCGCGACCUGUCGUCCUCGGGCGCCCACCGCGUGCUGUGCACCGAGGAGUACUCGCGCUGGGCCGGCUCCAAGAAGGAGAAGCACGUGCGCUUCGAGGUGCGGGACCGUCUGGCCAUCUUCGCCGGCCCCGACCUGCGCAACAUGGGCAACCUCUACACGCGGCUGGAGAGCGCCAAGGGCCUCAAGGAGUUCUUCACCCUCACGGACCUGCGCAUGCGGCUGCUGCGCCCCGCGCUGGGGGGCACCUACGUGCAGCGGGAGAACCUCUACAAGUACUUCUAUGCCAUCUCCAACAUCGAGGUCAUUGGCAGGUGCAAGUGCAACCUUCACGCCAACCUGUGCUCCGUGCGGGAGGGCAGCCUGCAGUGUGAGUGUGAACACAACACCACCGGCCCCGACUGCGGCAAGUGCAAGCGGAACUUCCGCACCCGGUCCUGGCGCGCCGGCUCCUACCUGCCGCUGCCCCACGGCUCUCCCAACGCGUGUGCUGCUGCAGGCUCUGCUGUUGGCACUGUGGGCACCUCCGCCGCUGCCCCUGCCCCGGCCUCCAAACCUUCCCAGCUCAAGCCCAAAUCAGCUCAAGUGGUGCCCAUUGAAGAGUUCCAAGACUGUGAGUGCUAUGGCCACUCCAACCGCUGCAGCUACAUCGACUUCCUAAACGUGGUGACCUGCGUCAGCUGCAAACACAACACGCGAGGCCAGCACUGCCAGCACUGCCGUCUGGGCUAUUACCGCAAUGGCUCUGCCGAGCUGGACGACGAGAACGUGUGCAUCGAGUGUAACUGCAACCAGAUCGGCUCCGUGCACGACCGGUGCAACGAGACCGGCUUCUGCGAGUGCCGCGAGGGCGCGGCGGGACCCAAGUGCGACGACUGCCUCCCCACGCACUACUGGCGCCAGGGCUGCUACCCCAACGUGUGCGACGACGACCAGCUGCUGUGCCAGAACGGCGGCACGUGCGUGCAGAACCAGCGCUGCGCCUGCCCGAGCGGCUACACCGGCGUCCGCUGCGAGCAGCCCCGCUGCGACCCCGCCGCCGACGACGGCGGCCUGGACUGCGACCGCGCGCCCGGGGCCGCCCCGCGCCCCGCCACCCUGCUCGGCUGCCUGCUGCUGCUGGGGCUGGCCGCCCGCCUGGGCUGCUGA